GCGCGCCUGGGAGUUGCGUGGGGUCCGGCGCUCGCGGCGAGAGCUAGGAGCCGGAAAGAAAGAGAGAGAGGGGGUCCCCGGGCUGCUCCGACCACCGCCGCCGCCGCCGCCGCCGCCUCCUCUCGCGUCGCGGGCCGCAGCUGCCCCGCGCGCGGGCGGCUCCGAGUCGCCGCAGCCGCUGUGUGCAGACUGGAAGGGGGGGCGGGGGGGAGGGGGGGAGCCGCGGACGCGGGGUGCCCAGGACUUUGCAACUUGCCCGGGAAGGUGGAGGGCCGAGCGGGGGAGGGGGAGCCCCGCACGAGACCGAGCGGCCCGGGUGGGAGCGCCCAGCCCCGCCGCGGAUCAUGGUGCAGCAGGCCGAGAGCUUGGAAGCGGAGAGCAACCUGCCCCGGGAGGCGCUGGACACGGAGGAGGGCGAAUUCAUGGCUUGCAGCCCGGUGGCCCUGGACGAGAGCGACCCGGACUGGUGCAAGACGGCGUCGGGCCACAUCAAGCGGCCGAUGAACGCGUUCAUGGUGUGGUCCAAGAUCGAGCGCAGAAAGAUCAUGGAGCAGUCGCCGGACAUGCACAACGCCGAGAUCUCCAAGAGGCUGGGCAAGCGCUGGAAAAUGCUGAAGGACAGCGAGAAGAUCCCGUUCAUCCGGGAAGCGGAGCGGCUGCGGCUCAAGCACAUGGCCGACUACCCCGACUACAAGUACCGGCCCCGGAAAAAGCCCAAGAUGGACCCGUCGGCCAAGCCCAGCGCGGGCCAGAGCCCGGAGAAGAGCGCGGCGGGCGGCGGCGGCGGGAGCGCGGGCGCGGGCGCGGGCGGCGGCGCCAAGACCUCCAAGGGCUCGAGCAAGAAAUGCGGCAAGCUCAAGGCCCCCGCGGCCCCGGCGGCCGGCGGCGCCAAGGCGGGCGCGGGCAAGGCGGCGCAGCCCGGGGACGGCGGCGGCGCGGGCGACGACUACGUGCUGGGCAGCCUGCGCGUGAGCGGCGCGGGUAAGACGGUCAAGUGUGUAUUCCUGGACGACGACGAGGACGAAGAGGACGACGAGGACGAGCUGCAGCUGCGGAUCAAGCAGGAGGCGGACGAGGACGACGACGAGCCGCCGCCGCACGCGCAGCUCCUGCAGCCGCCGGGCCAGCAGCCGCCGCCCCCGCCGCUGCUGAGACGCUACAGCGUCGCGAAAGUGCCCGCCAGCCCCACGCUGAGCAGCGCGGCCGAGUCCCCCGAGGGCGCGAGCCUGUACGAUGAGGUGCGGGCCGGCGCGGCCUCGGGCGCGGGGGGCGGCAGCCGCCUCUACUACAGCUUCAAGAACAUCACCAAGCAGCACCCGCCGCCGCUGGCGCAGCCCGCGCUGUCGCCCGCGUCCGCGCGCUCCGUGUCCACCUCCUCUUCGUCCUCCUCGUCCAGCGGCGGCGGCGGUGGCGGCGGCAGCAGCAGCAGCAGCAGCAGCAGCAGCGGCGGCGAGGACGCCGACGACCUGAUGUUCGACCUGAGCUUGAAUUUCUCCCAAAGCGCGCACGGUGCCGGCGACCAACAGCUGGGGGGCGGCGCGGCGGCCGGGAACCUGUCCCUGUCGCUGGUGGAUAAGGAUUUGGAUUCGUUCAGCGAGGGCAGCCUGGGCUCCCACUUCGAGUUCCCCGACUACUGCACGCCCGAGCUGAGCGAGAUGAUCGCGGGGGACUGGCUGGAGGCGAACUUCUCCGACCUGGUGUUCACGUAUUGAGAGGAGGGGUGGGGUGGGGGCGCCCCGUUCUCGCUCUUUUUUCUCUGGCGGGUGCAGAGCAGGGUUCCUUGGGAGGAAGUCGUGGUGGUCGUGAUGAUGCUGAUGAUGAUAACAAGGUUUUGGUGUCGACGGUGAUGGCGGUAGGGUGGAGGGGCGAGAAGAAGAUGCUGAUGUUGAUACGAUGUCGUGAUACAAAGAAAUUGGAAAGAUGCUGAAAAUUUUGGUGGAGUUAAAGUGAAAUGAGUAGUUUUUGAAACAUUUUUCCUGUCCUUUUUUUGUCCCCCCCCCCCCCCCCCAAACUCCUCUCCCUUCCUUGAUCGUGUCUCAAGGUAGUUGCAUACCUAGUCUGGAGUUGUGAUUCCCCCCCCCCCAAAUGUGUUUUUGUAAUUACUGUUUCUUUUUUUUCCUGAAAUUCGCGAUGGCAACAAAGGCGGAGGGGACGGGGCGGGGGAGGGGAACGAGGACCCGCUCCGGAAGGCGCUGUUUGAAGCUUGUUGGUCUUUGAAGUCUGGAAGACGCCUGCAGAGGACCCUUUGGCAGCACAACUGGGGAGUUGGUUGGAGAUUUUAUUUUAUUUUAUUUUAUUUUUUUCUUAAGAGAUCUUAAAGAACUGGUGACUUUUUUUUAAAAAAAAAAAUACAAACACAAAAACAAAAAAGGGACCAUGGCAAAUUUUUUAAUUUAAUUUUAUUUUUUUGGAGGGAGAAAACUGAUGUCUUCUAUGCAUCCGAUUCUUAACAAAACUGCAGGGAGCUUGAAAAAAUGCAGACUGUACAAACGCUUACAAAAAAAAAAAAAACUGUGAACUGACUUAAGAUCAGAGUUUACUUUUCAGAUCAAAUUGUUUAUGGUUUUACAAAUGUGAUUUCUACUUGCCAACUUUUUUUUUGUAACUUGUUCCCUUAUACCUCCUUGAUUGAAUACCAGGCAGCCUAGACCUCAGUACAAAAGGUAUUGAAACAUUUUUGAUACAUAACAGACCUCAGUCUUUUUUAAAAAUUAAUAUAUUUUCAGGCGUAUUUUUGUACAGUGAAAAGGGAACAUUCUUGCUGUGUUUUUUCAGUAAGACUUUCAGGCACUUCUUCCCUUUUGAUUUCUUUUUUUCCUCAUUUUUUUUUUUAGCAUGCAAGUAUGUUGGUACGUUAUGUCCUGGUUUAAAAAGGAUUAAAAUUUUAAAAUAAUCCUUGCAUCUAAAGGCCUUGUGGUUUAAAAAAAAAAAAGCAAACUUUUUUUGUACAGCUAUAGUAGAGAUUUGUUCAAUAUUUGUAGGUAAAGAUUUAUUGAAAACGGUGAUAUAGACCUCAGAGCUGUUAUCUUAGUUUAAAGAUUGUAUAUGUACUGUACUAUAGUAGGACUUUAUGUAUCUCAUACGCUGUGAUAUGUGGAUGGGGCCCCAGAUGGAAGGUUUGAAACUGGAUUCUCGAUUUUUAGCAAAAAGAAAAAGGCACAUAGUUUAAAAAGUUUCUCAUUUUGUGCAAUAUAAUCUAAAUAAAGUACAGACCAUCUGCAUAUUUUGUAGCAAAUGGUGGCAAAGCAGACUCAAUGCACUGUCGACAUCAUUGCCUGUUUUUUUUUUUUUUUUUUUUUUUUUGGUGCUGGAAGUCUGUAUCUUGACAAUUUUAAUAAAUCAGCUGGAACUGAUAGAAACUCGCAUCGCCCAUAGUCUCUAUGGAAGUCCUACUGGCGGUGGUGUUGUCGCAGGGCAUUCAGAGAUAAGGCCCUUGUGGGCGCGGGUGGGAAGGUGGCCGGAGGGAAUCCCAUAUUCUCCGGGCUUCGGCUGGAAGUGCUCAAUGGCUGGCCAAUUCCUCGCUUCUCUUUUUCGGUGGCUGGUUAGGCAAACCCGGGGCGGAGGAUUCUUUUCUCUCGGCCUUCCCUUCCCUUCCCCCUUUGCAACCCCAUUUCCUUUCUCACCUCCUCCUCCGCGACUCCCACCCUCCUUUCCUUGCCCAUCCGGACGGCGGGCGGGGGACGCGGGCACCGGUCCGGGCGGGGGUUAGCCUUCUCGGCGAGGGGCCGCGUCGGGGCUGCGCGUCGCGGUAACCCGCGCCCUUGGGUGGCCAGCGCUGAGCGCGCGCGGAUACUCGCCGUUCUCCCUCCUUAGAGGCGGGGGACAGCCGUUUCCAGUUUUGAAUUUUUUUUUUUUUUUUUUUUUUUUCCCUUGACGCUGCAUGUCCGCCUGUGCGCUGGUGGGAAGCGCUGCUACAGUUCUGGACCGCGAGCGGUGACCGGCGCUGGGGCGUGGUGGUCAGUGUUCAGUCUCUUUUCGGCGUCGCCAGGACAGCGGGGCGCGGCGGGCCCGAGGCCGGGGAAGGAGCGCGCGGAAGGCUGCCCCAGGGCGGCGGGAGGAACGGGGCACGGCCACCGGAGAGUCUGUGCGGGCGGAGCUGCGGGAGGAGCUGGCCGGGCGGGGGGCGGGGGGUGAUGGUGCGUGUAACCAAGGGCGCCUGGGCGGCGGCCGGGGACCCCGAAGACAGGGCCCUGGGUCCUGGGCGCCUGGCUUUCUCCGCGCGGACGCCGCGCGCGCCUCGGCGCCGCGCCCUGGGGCCUGGAGACGCGCGGGAAGAUCCGCGCCGGGGCCGCGAGGCCGCCGAACUGCGGGGAUGAGCGGGAAAGCCCGCCCGGGCCCCCGGCUCCAGGGUCUCGCGCCGUUUCUAGGGCCGCCCCGGAGGUAGGCCGGGGGCGGGGUGGGCUCCUAGGUGGUUCGGCUCCUGCCGAGUUCUCCGUGCUGGGCACCGUUUGCCUGGCCCGUCUACUCCCGUUCCCCCACUCUCGUUUCCCCAGACCCGGCCGCCUGUAUCACGGAGCCUUCGAGGCGGGCCCGGCUGGCAAGCGCCGCCCGGCACGCUCACCCCUGGCCCCGCGCCCUUUCGGUGCCUUCGGCCCGUCUUUCCCCGGGGGCCGCGCCGAGGGAGGCAGGGAGGCUGCGCGGAGGCCGCGCCGGGGCCCGAGCGCCAACCUCAAGCUCUGCCUCCGAGAGAGCGGGCGCCUGCAGUGGGGGAGGUUUGCAGUGGCUCAUUGAAACUAGGUGCAAAAUCACCACUACUCUCUUGGUCACCUACUGCAAUGAUUUACCAAGGUUUGGUCUUCGUUUUUAUUGAGAUGCUGGCGAGAUUAAAGGGCAGCGUCCACGCAUUGCCGGGAGCUGCUAGGCCAGGGGUGCGCGGGCACCCUUCCAGCCUGGCCUCCUCCUCCCUGCCUCUAGGGCCCCGUCCCUGCCUGCUUGGCCUCCCCCGGCCUCCCUCCUCUCCUCGGCGAGCCUCCACCCCGGCCCCUACCCCCUGGCAUGCGAAGCCAGCAAGCUUUGGCCGUAGAUGGACACAUUUCUUUUCUGUGGCUGUUUCAUUUCUAGGAAUCAUCAGAUUUCCGUAGAACACUUGGGAGGAGAAAGGGCUGAGGGUGUUAAAUAACAAGGUUCUCAACAUUAGAACUGGAUCUCUGAAAUUGUUUACCUCCCCCCCCCCCCGUCCCCCCCUCCCAAAUGAUAAGACUGAUGUAGUCGUUGGUGGGACAUUUAUUUUAGCCACGAGUAAUUGAACCAGCGGUUUACAAUUGAGGCUUCUCUGUGCUGGGAAUUUUACAUAGUGGCCCUCUGCUGCAGUUCUAAAACUUGUUGAAAACACAAACCCAUUCAUAAAACUGAGUCGAUGUACUUGGAAAACCUGAAAACUUUGCAUGUAUUUUAUGUUUCAAUCAUAGAUGAAUCGGACAUUUUCUGUGGUGAGGUAGAAACUUUGCAGUAGUAACAUGUAAUGAUUUGGCUUCAGAAUGGAAAAGCAUAGUCUGGAUGAAAAUUUUCAAAAAGCUAUGUGGCCUAAGUUCUUGAUAGUAAAAGAAGAAAAAAAAAAAAUGGAGAUCGGCGAUCUAAAAUUAAAAACCUGUUAGAACUCAGGACAGGCGCUUGAAUGCGCUUUUAACAAUAUUUAAGGCUGUUUCGAUGAAUGCAUUGUGAAAAUCAUUCUUAAGAAUUCUUUAUUGAAUGUCUAAAACAUAAUAUAAUACACAAGGUAUUCUUGCCACUGGAUAGUCUUCAAUAAAAGUUUAAUUGCAUUUUUUUGGUCUCUUAAGUAAGUCUUAUUUUGAACUAAGCAUUGACAGAAUAUUUUUAAAUAGUGAGGGGGGAGGGGGGAGGGAGACCUAGAGCACUGCAGCUUAGUCAGUGGGUAUCCUGCUGUUUGUAAGUUGUUCACAGAUUUAGGAUGGCAUUUUACUAAGAUUUCCAUCUUAAAGAACUUGAACCAGCAUUCUCUUAUUAAUUCUUUAAACUGUGGGAAUAAUCUUCCAGUUUUUACACUCUGAUAUGCAUCCUUUUAUUAAAAAUAUAUAAUGCUAAUGAAGGCAGUGUAUUUAAACUGUGCUUUGCAAAUAUUAUGUAUGUUAUGAAUGACUACAGUCACAGGGCAAAUUAUUUGUUAGAUCCUUUGGGGAGGGGGGAAUCAUUAAAACCAUUUUGAGCAGAGAUGUUUCAUUUUAAUGUUAAUUGAGAGGAAGUGAUUUAAAUAUGCAUGUAUAUAGCAGUCAGGAUCACUUAGGGGUUUUUUUUUUUUUUUUUUUUUCCCUCUUUUCUUUGAGAAAGAAAAAGACUCAAACAGCAACUUGUUUUUCCCUUCUCUGGGAGUUGGAACCAGAGUCAUUUGCUAUUGGUACACUUUGAGAAACUUACACUUGUUUUUCUCUUCAGAAUUUAAAUGACUUUUGAAAGUAAUCUGAGAAAUAAAGCAAAUAAGUUGCUCUUUUUUAAAGUAGUCAUUCAAUAUAAAUAUAUUAUAUCAAUCUUAACUUUUUUAUUCUCUGAUAUGAUUAAUAAUAUGUAUAUUCUUACUUUUUCUUCUAAUGGGCAUAUGUAUCCUUGUGAACACUUUAUAGAGAGGUUUUCUUGGACUCUCCCAUUUAUAGAAUCUUUAUACUCUUUUACUGUGGUCCCCUGCUUUUAACAGAUUUCUGAGGCCAAUAUAUUUGUGCUUUUUUCUUAUGUAGGAUGACCAGCGAAAAUAGUUUACUGAGUUGUCGAUUUUAUCAGUAGAUAAGAAACUUUCUUUAUUACAGCUUCAGGGAAGAUUUUUCAGGAUACUUCUCAGUUAUUGUAAGGGCCAAAUUUUAUAAAAUUUCAUUAGGAAUGUCAGUUUCAAAUACCCUUUGUAUAGCCUAGGCCUGUAAGAAUACCAAGACUGAGCCUUAUGUAUCUAACACGGGAAUUCACAGGCUCCCAAAGUAACUGUCUCCAUGUAAUGACUCUUAGACGUGCUUUUCAGCCAUCUGGCUAUUUUAAUCAUUGGUCCUUUCUCACUGUUCAUUUAUUGGGUUUUUUCUGCCACACCCCUUUUCAUUUGAUGAUAUGGCAAAGUCUGCUCUUUGAUAACUCCUUUUUCUUCCCCCUUUCUGUGGAGCCCUCAUUUUCGAUCACAAUAAAGAUUAAACACAAUUUCAUAAACUCAAUUCUCUUCCAUUUUACCUUGCUACUGGCUUUUUUCUUGAAUCUUAACAUAGCUUUUUUUUUUUUUCUUUUUUUCACUGUAGUUAUUUUUUUUAACACUUCCUAUAUCAACUAGCUGCCUAAUUAGUUUUAUCUCUUCCAUGUGGAUGCAGUGAGUUUUUAAGAGAAUUUCACAAACAAGUAGUUUUUUAGUGAACUUAAACAGAAUUUUAAAGGAGACCUAUUUUUAUACUCAGUAAAAGCACAAAAGUGCAGAAAGUAUACAAUGGCUUACAAAGGGAAACAUAAGUUCAUAAUGUUCCAUGUAUAAAAGUAAUAAUUUUAUUGGGUAGAGAUACUCCGAGAAGAUUCAAUACCUCUGCCAGUGCACAGACAGGACUGUUUUACAUGACCCAGGAACUUCUGUUGCAAAUGGAUCACUUCUCUGUAGAGAAAACAAACCACUAAGAGCAAUAUGGUCAAGCGGAGGUGUGUUUUGACAUGAGCGAUUGGUGAAUUGAGAACCUGGAUGGGCAGACGUGAGGCUUCCUUCUCAAUGUUUGAUCAAGCUUCUUUUACUUAGUCACAUAGACGUGGAUUUUCUCUGCUGUGAAAAUGACACAACAGCAGUAUGACAAGCUGUUGGAAAAUGCGUAAAAACAAAAUUCACUCGGGUUCUUGAAGUGACUUUGACGCUGACCUUAUUUUAUUAGAUCUAUUAUAUUUCCUCGUUAUAAAAAAAAGCCACUGGAAAUAUUGCUAAUAUGCAACCUAAAGAAUUUUGAUCAAAUAGAUAUUGACAAAGGGUCCUCUUGACACACAUUUCUUCAUCUAGCUUCUAUUUAGAAACACAGUGCCCUUGGAUCACAUCGGGCAAAACAUCCUAUGCCAUUACCCUUAAUUUCCCAUUUUGUCUAUUUUUACUCUUGUACAUAUGUGGUGGGUUUAAGAGUCUUUGGCAUUUGUUCCAUGACACCCUUUUCUGGAACGGACUGUUUUAGGAAGGAGCCUGCUGUUCCAAUGUGGGGCUCCUAGUGGUGGCGGCAUAACAGCGCUCCCUGGAGGCCACCAGGACGGGGCCACCUGACACCCAGAGCAGUUUCCAGCAGGACGCUGCCCAAGUCUAUUUUCAGAGCCACUCCAGGUUUGGGAGCAGGAAAGCUAAAAAAACCCUUUUGUUUAGAAGUCUGAGUGGUUUGCGGAGGGGGGGAACCUUUUUUAGAGUUUGCAUGCCAGCGCACGACCAGAGGCUGUGAAACAGAGGGGACCGCUCCCCGAGGCCGGGCGCUGGAGGAUGAUGUCCAAUAGCACUAAGGGGAAAAGAAAAUGCAUGGCGAAGUCUUGUCUUCUGUACCCUGUCUAGCAUGCAGAGUUUCGUGUGUUAAAACGGUGUAUGACAUUGCUGUAUCAAAGUUGUAAAAUUAAGCAUUAUUUAUUGAAAACUAUGUAUUUUUUUGUAAAAACCUGAUCACAUAGAGCAUAUCAGUGGCUGUGCUUGGUGUUUCAAUGGAACCAGCUUCUCGCCCCACCCCCUUGGUAUGCAGCGCUAUUGCUCAGGGUUGAAAAUAGUAUACCCCAAUGUCUCUUUUGCAAGAGUUUUUCACAGAGGAAUACAUUUGUUCAAAAGACUCUAAUAAAAUUGUGUGAUUGAUCUGCA